AUGAUAGCGCUUUCUGGGAUUUCACUGUGGGAUCAUGUUCUUGCUGAGCGUUUCCUGGGAUUCGCUAAGCAGUGGAGUCUGAUGUUGAUACGAUCAGUGGUGACCUUCGGUUCUCCAUACUGCAUCAUGCGCUUGAUCAAGUGCCUGGAGGAGAACAAUAGCCCUGCGCAUUUUGCCUCGCUGUGGUUAAUUGGUAUUACGGUCUUCUCUGUGACCGAAACCGUCCUCCACUAUCACCUAGCUUGGAUCCAAUGGUCUGAGAUGGGGAUUCCCAUUCGCGCACAGCUCAUAAUGGCAAUAUUUUCGAAGUCCCUAAGAGUUAAGGAUUCCAAGGAUACGGGAGACAAGCCUGAAGCGAUCAAUCUCAUAUCCUCUGAUACGCUUUCCUUCAGCAAGUUCACUGCCGUUAACUAUUUACUUCCCUUCUCAUGUGUCAAGUUCUUAUUUGCUGUACUAUUUCUCCUGCGCUUGUUGGGUUGGCAGAGCACGGUGAUGGCAGUUCUUGCCACAAUAGGAACCGUACCAAUACAUACAAGGGUUCUCAAGCAAGAGCGAGCCGCAAAAGAAAGGGUUGCAGCGGCAAGAGAUAUGAAGACAAAAGCUAUUACUGAGGCUCUGCAGGCUGUUCGGCAGAUCAAGUUUUCAGCCCUUGAAAGGCAGUGGGAAGAACGCAUCGAGUUGUGUCGCCAAGAAGAGAUUGCGCAAAUGCGAAAUUGUUUUAUUGCCAUCAAUAUUCGAUCAGUUUGGAAAGUCGCCUCACCUUUUAUUGUGGCUGCUGCAGCAAUCUGCAGCUAUGCCUACACACAAAACGAGGUAUCAUCAUCAAUAAUCUUUACUAUGAUCGACUUGCUACCGCACAUACAAGGAACUCUGGGAAUGGUUCCCAUGGUCCUUCAAGAUUAUUUCGCCGCUCACUCAAACGCUCGUCGCAUAGAGAGCUUUUUGAAGGUCCCGGAGAUGAAAGGAAUCUUGCAAACAAGUCCUACACGCUGUGUUUCCUUCCAAAAUGCUCACAUUGCCUGGCCAUCAGAUCAAACGCAGAAGCCCAAAGAGAAACAAGCAAGCUUACCUCAGCGUUUUGCUCUCCAUGACCUUGAUGUGGAUUUUCCUGUUGGUGAACUUAGUGUUAUACAUGGGGAAACUGGAUCAGGGAAAAGUUUGGUGCUUGCUGCCAUCCUUGGAGAGGUUGAUCUCCUUGGCGGUCACAUUAAGGUCCCGUCGCUGAAGCAAACGGUCGGAUUUGUUUCACAGACCCCGUGGCUUCAAAAUGCCACUGUCAAAAGCAACAUAUUAUUCGGAAGUGCAUUGGAUGAAACCAGGUACCGAAAGGUUCUCAAAGCAUGCGCACUUGAGACUGAUCUUGCUGCUCUGGCAAAGGGAGACGAAACGUAUAUUGGCCUGCAUGAUGAUAUAUUUUCUUCGCUUGACUCUCAUGUCUCUAUUGAGAUUUUCAAAGCCUUAACUGGAGAGCUUGGCCAUGGCCGCACAAGGAUACUGGCAACUCAUCAUGUAUCUUUGUGUUUACCUCGGGCCAAGUUUGUUGUUCACAUCAAAAACAAUACUAUGAGCUCUUCUCCCAAUGUCAAAAUGAUUGAACCGAGAUUGGAAAGUGUGAAAUCAGAAAUCCCGACCCAGCCGCAUACAUCGACAAGAGAGGAAACCAAGACUCGUGCCAGUGAGAACCUUAAAGUCAAGACCACCCAAUCGGAAUCUGAGUGGGAGUCUUGCAAGACAUACUUCAGUGCUGCCGGUGGCCUGUCAUUUGUAUUGAUAUACAUUCUGGGUUUGUUUGGUAAAGAACUGGUGACUGCGCUGACGACCUGGAUGCUCAGCCGUAUCAGUUCAAGACCCUCGAAAUCAGGCAUGUAUGAACCAGCAGAUGUCGAGGUUGACGACUUUUUAUUUGAGACUAUGUCUGAAUUCGCCAACUGUCUUAUAAAAUUGGUGAUUAUUGGGUGCAUUGGAAUACACAAGUCUAUCCUUACGACAUGUCUAGCAGCAGCUCUUUUGUUUUGGUGCGCGCACGUCAGCAAGGGCUACAUCAGGGCCCGGAAGCCUGUGAAACGCGGUGAAUCUGAGGGCAAUGCUGAAACCCUAGAACUCUUUACCGCAGUCGCCGGUGGAGUGUCGACUAUCAGGGCUUUCGGAGUAGUGGAUAGCUUCAUGGACCAGAUGCACUCACAAGUUGAUAAACUAUCCAUCGCUCGGCGGCAUUUUUGGAUUUUCAACCGUUGGCUUGGUCUUCAGAUGUCUCUCAUGGGCAUUGUCUUAAGUACGGGUACGGGUUUCAUUCUAUUGUCAUCGAACUCCGUCCUCGAUGCAUCUUUGGUGGGAUUUUCCCUAACUUUUUCGAUGGGAUUCUCUCAUGCUACAUUUACUGCUGUCAAUAAUUUUGGGAUGCUUGAGAGUUAUAUGAAUGCAGCCGUCGGAAUAAUCUCAUAUUCGAGGUUGAAAGCCGAAUGGCAAGGGGGGGACGAAGUCCCAGCGACCUGGCCGUCGCAGGGACAGGUUGAAGUCAAAGGAUUAAGUGUUUCAUACUCGCCGGAUCUUCCCCUUGUCCUAAAGGACAUCUCCUUUUCUGUGGGUGCUGGUCAGAGAAUUGGGAUUGUUGGUCGCACUGGAGCCGGAAAGUCAUCCCUGACUCUGGCACUUCUCCGCUUAAUCAACCCUCAAUGUGGCUCGGUUCACAUUGACGGCGUUGAUAUUUCUACAAUCAAGCUACAGUCACUUCGAUCCAAGAUCGCCUUCAUCCCUCAAGAUCCAGCUUUGUUCUCAGGUACAAUUCGAUCCAAUCUGGAUUAUUUUCAGAAGGUUUCAAAAGACAAAUUGAACGAGGUGUUACGCCGUGUCAAGCUGCUGUCUGAGGAUGACAAUGACAAAACGGGCUUAUUUACACUCGACUCCCCAAUUAGCGCAGGCGGCGCGAACAUGUCGCAAGGUCAAAGACAACUUCUUUGCCUUGCAAGAAUCUUGAUCACAGACCCCAAGAUUAUCAUUCUCGAUGAGGCGACAUCUGCAGUUGAUAAUGAUACAGACUCAUGGAUUCAAGACACGAUUCGAAACGAGUUUGAUUGCACGUUGAUUGUGGUCGCCCAUCGUUUAAGAACAAUUGCGUCCUUUGAUAGAGUGGUUGUCAUCGAUGAUGGGCGUAUUGGCGAAAUUGGAACUCCAUCAGAGCUAUUAAGAGCUAACGGAUUGUUUUAUGACCUUGUACAAAAGAGUCAAGAUAAGGAAUUUGUGACCAGGUCUUUAUUGAACCUAGUCACAUAA